AUGAAAAAAACACAAGUGGUGUUUAUCCCUUCUCCUGGCGUUGGUCAUUUAGUUUCCGCUCUCGAGUUCGCGAAGCUUCUAAUCAACCGUGAUAACCGUCUCCAUAUAACCGUCUUGAUUAUGAAAUUUCCACAUGUCACAGAAACUGAGGCCUACACUAAAUCCCUUCCACUGUUAAAUUCUCUCAAUCUCAUCAACCUUCCAGAAUGCUCUCUUCCUCCGAAUUCCAACCCAGGUUCCUCCAUUACCGCUGUCCUUGAAGCUCAGAAACCAAACGUUAGACAAGCCGUAUCUAACCUCACUACCGGAGAAGGACUCCAUGGACAUCUUGCUGCCUUCGUUGUUGAUAUGUUCUGCACCUCCAUGACUGACGUUGCUAAAGAGUUUUCUGUCCCUACCCUCGUCUUCUUCACUUCUAGUGUUGCUUUCCUUGGUUUGAUUUUUCAUCUUCAUACUAUCCAUGAACGAGACAACGUAGAUUCAACUCAGUUGCUGCAGCUCACUGAGUUGGCUGUCCCAAGUUUUGCUAACCCGGUUCCAACAAAAUCGUUGCCUAGUGUUGUGCUACUCAAAGAAUGGGAAUUGUUUUUGUUGGCCACCUGGAAGGGGAUAAAAAAUGCUGAUGGUAUUAUAGUAAAUUCAUUUGAAGAGCUCGAAUCCUAUGCGGUUCACUCGUUUGCAUCUCAUUCUGAUUUUGCUGGUAUAACACUAUAUCCAAUAGGGCCCAUACUAAAUUUGGAGCAGGAAACGAAACCUGUUGAUGAAUCUAAUGACAUCAUCAUCCAGUGGCUUAAUGACCAACCUCCUUCUUCGGUAGUUUUUCUCUGUUUUGGGAGUAAGGGUUCUUUUGAUGAAGAUCAGAUUAAAGAGAUAGCCUUGGCUAUUGAGAAUAGCGGGGCCCGCUUUAUAUGGUCUCUUCGAAAACCUCCAUCAAAAGGGACAAUGGAUGUGUUCUCUGAUCACUCUCCUUUUGAUUUAGGUUUGAUCUUACCAAAAGGUUUUUUAGAUCGGACGGCAGAGAUUGGAAUGGUCGUUGGAUGGGUUCCACAAGUUCAAAUACUAGCCCAUCCAGCCAUAGGAGGAUUUGUCUCACAUUGUGGCUGGAAUUCAAUACUCGAGAGCAUUUACUUUGGUGUGCCUAUUGCCACAUGGCCUAUUUAUGCGGAACAACAGCCUAAUGCUUUUGAGUUGGUGUGUGAGUUGAAGAUGGGUGUGGAGAUUACAUUGGAUUAUAAUGUGGAGUUUUAUGGUGAGCCUAACUAUCUUGUAACUGCAGGCAAGAUUGAGAAAGGAAUAAAGAGUGUGUUGGAUAAGGAUGGAGAUGUAAGAAAGAAAGUGAAAGAGAUGAGUGAAAAGAGUAGGAAGACUUUGUUAGAGGGAGGUUGUUCUUGUACUUAUUUAGAACGUUUGAUUGAUUAUAUUGUGAAUCAAACAUCAAAUUGA